AUGUUUCGAUGGGAAGAUUGUGUUGAAGGUCAUAUAAUCUUAGGAUUGACUUUCUCUUUGAUAUCAUCCAUACUUUUAACCCUGGUCACUUUUUCAACACCAUACAAUAAAUCGAUAUACUUCUUACGUACACCUAACCCUUCUAUUCAUUUCGGAGCUUUGGGUUAUUGUCCUCCUACUUCGGAAUGUAUCAAAAGAGUUGGGUAUAGUACAGGAUCAGAAGUGACCGAAUGGUUGACUAGAGCUCAGGUUUUGUAUGCUGUAGGCGCCAUCUUCAUGUUACUAGCUUUGAUAGCUCUUUUGUUAUCUUUAUUGAGGGUAGGACAAUUCAUGUGGAAUCCGAUUUACUUUCGUACCAUGUCUUUACUUGGCUUCAUAUUCUCCCUCUUGGCUGAAAUCUUCGCCCUGAUCCUCUGGGUCCAGGCUCGACAUCGAUACGACGCAGAGGGUGUUCGAGCGACUUAUGGAGCUGCGUUAUGGAUUGGUUUAGCAGGGCUCAUCUUGGCUUUCCUCGCACGGUCAACUGUACAUUACCAGUCAGGGAUGCAAGUGGACGGCUGCAGCGCAUCGGAAUGUCCCGUAUAA